AAGGACGAAAAGUGUGUUUUUUAAUACGGAACGAUGUAGAAACUCUCCGUGGAAGUAUCCUUUUGCCAGAAAACAGUGAAACACUAAGGACAAUCGCAAUGCAGUUGCAGUUUUAGCUAAAUAACCGAUCGUGCUCGGCAGUCGAGAUUCUUCUUCUUGACGUUCUUCUUGCCUUCCGAAACGGCGAUCCAACGAAUUACACAAUCCACCGCUGGUCUCGCUUGCCGGAACUUGCAAAUCAUUCCUACAACUCACGGUACGGCUGCUGGAAGCAAGAGUAAGCGGUCCUCUCGCCAUCAUCAUGUCGCUGAUUAAACUGCACAGCAGCAUCUUCCAUCCGACCUUGCGCAAGCUCCAGUGCCAGGAUGUGGCUAUCGAUACGCACAAUCUGAUGUAUCCAGUAUUUUUGGUGGAGGCAGAUGAGGCUGUUCAAGACAUUCCCAGCAUGCCAGGCGUUGCCCGGUAUGGCAUUAAUCAACUGUUGGCCCAUCUUAAACCACUUGUUGCCAAAGGGCUUGCAUCUAUUCUGCUAUUCGGCGUGAUCGAUGAGAUGCCGAAGGAUGCAACCGGAUCAGGUGCUGAUUGUGCCACGAAUCCAGUGGUUCGUGCUUUGCCGCUCUUGCGACAAGCGUUUCCCGAGCUGCUGAUUGCCUGCGACGUGUGCCUUUGCCCGUACACUGAUCACGGGCACUGCGGGGUGCUGACGGUGGAUGGCGUUAUCGACAACGAGCCCAGCAUCAGGCGUAUCGCGCAGAUUGCGCUCGCGUACGCGAAAGCCGGUGCGCACAUUGUGGCCCCCUCCGAUAUGAUGGACAAUCGCAUUCACGCCAUCAAGGGAAUACUGCGGGAGCACAAUCUCGAAAACCGAUGCUCGGUUCUGUCGUACUCGGUCAAGUUUGCGUCCGGCUUUUACGGACCAUUUCGUGAUGCGGCGAAAUCGGCACCGGCCUUCGGAGAUCGAAAGUGCUAUCAGUUGCCACCGGGAUCCAAGGGUAUUGCCAAGCGGGCAGCGAAACGAGAUGUCGAAGAGGGAGCCGAUAUGCUGAUGGUAAAACCCGGUAUGGCCUAUCUGGACAUUGUGAAACAGGUUAAGGAUGAGUAUCCGGAGCUGCCCCUCUUUAUCUAUCAGGUAUCGGGUGAAUAUUCAAUGCUACUUAAUGCCGGCAAGAUUGGUGCAUUCGAUUUAAAGACGGUGCUAUGGGAAGUGCUUGUGGGUAUGCGGCGUGCUGGAGCCGACUGUAUAAUCACCUACUUUACACCACUGUUACUGGACUGGCUGAAGGAAUAAAUUGCAUCGAGUGAGUUAACCGGCCGAGUACCAUGUUCAACGGUCGCUCGGUUCUAAGAAAAAUGAAAAAGGCCUUUGGCACCUGAAAGGUAUGUUGAACUAUUCUCUAGUAGCACAAUACAUCCGAAAAAUCAUGACUUUUUGGAUGAAUUAUUGAAAUAUUGUUCAAGAAAGCAAACGCAAAUAUGAUAUUUGGUCGUGAGAAGGAAAGAUUAAGGCACAUGUCGGCGAUUUGGGUGUUACGAUGGAAAUUUACUUGUUUUAUAAAUAAUUUAUAUAACUAUCGCAGUUAAAUAUUAAAAAUGGAAAAUUAAAAAGGAGUAAAAUGCACAGAAAAUAAAAUUU